AUGGAGUCGAGUGAGGAUGUGGAGGUUCUGAGCAAAGCCAUCGAGAAGCUUCUGGAUGAGAAGAGGAAGAGAGAAGCUGCUGGUGAUGCCUUCAUCGAAGACGACGACGAUCAGCUUUUGCUCUCUAGACUCAUCUCUCAGUUGGAAUCACCGAAGCCGAAGAGCAAAUCAAAUGGGAUAACCAAGGAAGAAGAAGAAGAAGAAUCAGAUGGGAUCACCAAACAAGAAGAAGAAGAAGAAGAAUCACCAGAAUCUUCAGCAUCCAAAGGAAAACGUGAGGGCCAGACAGAUUUGGAAGAGAGUAUAGAAGAGAUAGCUAAAGACAUGAAGAAAGUGAAGAAGCAGAACACAGUAACACAUGUACUGCUCUCUGCUUUGAUCCUUUUGACACUGACAUGGCAGCUCUCUGAAUACUCGAUGAUUUACAUGUUGAAAGAUAGAAUAAGCCAUCCAAUCAGAUCAAUCGGAGGUAUGUUUUCUGGUAUCUUCAAAGGUAAGAUACCUCCAAUCAAGGACCAGCUUACUGCGAUUCCUGGGACUUCCCAUUCCAAGGACGAAAACAAGCAUCACAAUGGGAAUAGAACAAACACUGGAGUUCGUAUCCAAGUGCCCGAGCUGUUGCGAGAAUUUGGUUUCGAAGACGAUGAAGAAUGA